AAGCAAGCAAAGAGGGCUGAGAGCAGGGGUGAAGGAACAUGGCAGCGGCCAUCACCUAUGCAGACCAGCAAUUGCUGAAGGCCUCUCUAAGGAAAGACGUGUCCAAUUCAGGGCAGGAUACUGAUGAGGAUGGGGAGCUCAGCUAUGAGAAUCCGCAGGUGCCAUCAGACACAAAAGUGCCCACAGCCCUGGAGCUGUCCCAUGGACCAGGGAAUCAGGCAGGCCAUGGCCAACCCAGGUGCUCUCAGUACUUCCUGCUGGGUCUGCUUGUCAUCUGCCUGCUGUUAAAAGUGGCUAUCACCUGCCUGAGUGUACAAUAUCUGCAGGCUUCCCAACAGAAACUGAGCCACCUUGAGGACAUGCUGAGGCCCUUCUUCAUGUGCCCUUCACAAGACACCUGCUGUGUGGUGGGCUGGGUACUGAUCCAGAGAAGAUGCUUUCACAUCUCACUCACUAAGAGGGAUUGGCAGGAAAGCCAGAAGUAUUGCAAAUCUCUGUCGUCCAAUCUGACCACAAUCAGAGACAAUCGUUGGAAUUAUUAUUAUUCAGAAAGUUCUCCCUGGAAGAGCUUAUUGUCACAGUUAUCUGAGAAAACUCCAUAUUGGGUUGGCCACAGCUUCACCUGGGACCAGUUGUGGUAUCGAGGCCGGUGCUCCAUGAUAGACUACAGCUCAUCGUGGUCUCUGAAGUCAAAGGCGUGCAGUACCCCUCUCCCCUGCAUCUGUGAGAUGGCGUCGUUCAGGUUUCCAUAUGGGAGCUACUCUUUGCAGAAUUCAAGUGUUCAUGCCUAGAGCCUGCAGGGCCUUCUCCUCUGACCUGGGGCCUGAAAUGUCCAGUAUGUCAUAACUGGACAGUGCCUAGCCAAAGCCUGACCCACUCCUGACACUUGUCACCAGCACUCUGCCUGCUUCAAACCUUGUCCAAGAAACUGGUGUGUUCCUAGGAAAAGGGUGAAGAAGCUUCUAGAAGGGACUCUAGAUCACGUGUUCAAGAAUCUGUCUCAGUGGCAUGGGAGUGGGGGCAGUGAGGAGGGCGCAUGGGCUGAGUGGAUGAGGCCAGCCUGGAGCCAGCUAAACAGUUUGAUUGAAAUCGCUU